AUGGGCAUCCCGCAGCUUGACGGUCUUGAGAUCGUGGUUUUGGCCGAAGGACAGGGCACCCGUGAGACCAAGCGUGGCGACAAAAUCGCGGUGCACUACAACGGCACGCUCGUCGAUGGUACCCCGUUUGAUUCCAGUUACAGUCGUGGAGAUCCGCUCGAAUUCACGGCCGGCGGCGGCCAGGUCAUCAAGGGCUGGGACGAAGGUCUUCUCGGCAUGAAGAUCGGCGAGAAGCGCAAGCUGACCAUUGCCCCUCACCUCGCCUACGGCGACAAAGAGAUGGCCGGCACUCCCAUCAAGGCCUACUCGACCCUGGUUUUCGAGACCGAACUCGUUAGUAUCAAGGGUGUCAACCCUGGCGAGUAA